CCCAACCCAAUCCAGCCCAGCAACCAACGACCCCCCCCGGCCGUUUUCACUUGCCACCAUUCCCCACCACCGCAUAGAUCGCCCGCCGGUGACGGCGACCACUGAUGGCUCCGGCCGUGGCCGGGGCGGCGUCGGUGGCGAUGAGCCAGGCACUGCGGGACCGCCAGAUCCUCGACGCCGUGGGCACCGGCGCCGCCGCGCUCUCGCUGGCGGGCUCCUCCUUCAUCGUGCUCUGCUACCUCCUCUUCCGCGAGCUCCGCAAGUUCUCCUUCAAGCUCGUCUUCUACCUAGCCGUCUCGGAUAUGUUUUGCAGCUUAUUCACUAUACUGGGGGGGCCAUCGAAUGCAUUUUACUGCUUUGCACAUGACUACAGUGCUCAUUUCUUCUGUGUGGCUUCUUUUCUAUGGACAACCACCAUAGCAUUCACUCUGCAUCGCACAGUUGUAAAACACAAAACUGAUGUUGAAGAAUUUGGAUCUAUUUUCCACUUAUAUGUGUGGGGAACUUCACUAGCUACCACUGUACUACGUUCGAUAGGAAGUGACUAUGGAAGACCAGGUUCAUGGUGCUGGAUCCAGCAGGGAAGCAUGGCAAAGGUCCUGCACUUAGUAACUUUUUAUCUUCCACUUUGGGGUGCCAUUUUGUACAAUGGGUUUACAUACUAUGAAGUAAACCGCAUGCUGAACAAUGCAACACGGAUGGCUGCUGGCAUAAGUGAUCGAUCAAACCAGUCUGAUAUUAGGGCAGACAGGAAGGCAUUUAACCGAUGGGGUUAUUACCCUCUAAUUCUAAUCGGUUCAUGGGCAUUUGCAACUAUCAAUCGUCUUUAUGACUUUGCCAAUCCAGGGCACAAGAUAUUUUGGCUCUCCUUUCUUGAUGUUGGGUUCGCUGGACUUAUGGGCCUAUUCAAUUCCAUUGCUUAUGGGCUAAACUCUUCUGUGCGCCGAGCUAUUUCAGAAAGAAUCGACAUGUUCCUACCUGAGAGAAUCAAAAGGAGCCUCCCUACUUUCUCACGAUUGAGGAGUCAACAGGAAAAUGAACUGACUUCUCUUAUUGUCGAGGGUAACUGAUAUGAGCAGUUGGUUAGCAUUGUUGAUCGUCCGGUGUCCGGUACAUGUUGAGUUGGUUCGGCUGUGUCCAUUGUUGAUCGUCUUAACACGAGACCUGGGUUUGGGGGGUUCAUAGUUCCGGCCAGAGUAUAUAGUAGGCUAGAAUAGGAACAGUCGUUAGAUACACUGAUGUUCAUCUGUAGCUAGUUAAGCAGAAUUUGUUUGUUCAGAUGUACGAGUAUAAUCACUUCUGUACAAUGCACAUCUAGCGCUACACGAUUUGCAAUUUUUCAGUUUGUCCCUCUUUGCCCCUUA